UAAUUGUUAUAUUGAUCAUAAGUGAGACGUCAUGGAGUACGGUAAUAACAGGUCCAGCAAACUUUUAUCCAAUUAUUGCUAAUCAAAAAGCUUGUACCGAGAAUUGGUUUCCUUCAAUAUUUCUUUUCACCAAUUUUUAUCGGCUAGUAGAUAUAUGCAAUGCUGUCACAUGGCAUGUCUCGGCAGACUUUCAGCUUUACAUUAUAAAUUUAUUCAUACUAUACAUAAAGUUAAAAUACAAUUUUAAUGACUUUAAAUUUUGUGCCACGAUAUUGAUAUUUUCCAUCAUUUUACAUGGAAUAACUUUACACAUUUAUGAUGCUGGUCCCCUUUACCAACCAUCACUGAGAUAUUUUGAAGCAAGGUCAUUAUAUCACUCAUUAAAGUAUGUGAUCUCCUAUAUGUCAACACCUUCAUUGUGGUCCUCAAGUUUUAUUGGAGUAAUAUUUGGAAUAAUUUAUAUUAGAAGCAGAAAUACUAGUGUAAAACCAAAUACGGGAUUAAAUAUACUUUGGUUUAGUAUUUCGAUUGGACUUAUUUAUUUGUCUAACCAGAUGGGCGCUAUAAAGAUAAAUGGAAUUAAAGCAUCUUUGCUUGGAUCUAUUAUUAAGCCCAUAUUUUGUAUAGGAUGUGGCUUAGGUGUUUACGGUAUGUCACACAAUUUUGGAGGCCCACUUAAGAAGCUUAUGGAAUCCAAAUUACUAGUCCUUCUGAGUAACUAUCUUUAUGGAGUAUAUUUAAUUCACAUGCCAUGUAUCAUAUCGAUGAAUAGGUAUUUUCUGGAGCCUGUAUAUAUUGACUUCUGGAAAUUGCUUCAAGACUAUAUAAUCGGUGUGAUUAUAAGUUUUUUGGUUGGCAUUUAUAUCACCCUUACAAUCGAGGAGCCCGGAAAUUUGCUUCGAAAGAAAAUUUUACCGCAAAUAAAUAAAUGGGAUAUUUCCAAAACUAAUUAAUAUGUCAAUUUUUUUGUUUAGAUUUUACAUUUUAU